AUGAUGGACUUGGGGGGUGACGAUGUGCUGGACGAGUGGGAGUGGCCAGCCGACUGCGAGGCCCAGCGAGAGAUGGAGAGCCACCUGCGCUGCCAGAUCUGCGGAGAUUUUUUUCACGGGCCCGUGCUAUUACCCUGCUCGCACACAUUCUGCUCGGCCUGCGUGCGUCGCUUCCUGCAGAGCAAAGGGGCGCACGGAUGCUGUCCGUCGUGCAAAAAGCCCUGCGCGUCGAGGGAUUUAGUACCGAACCGUGCACUGGAGCAGGUAGCGCUGCUAUUCGAAAAAUUCAAACCGGAGCUACUAAAGAGACUGCAGGGUACAAAAGCACCGAACUCAGCAACGUCUACUCCUAAUACAGAGAGUCGCAAGACCAGGAAGACCAAGCAAGACAAGCCGGAACGCAUGCCGCUCAUGUCUUACAGUGUCAUGCGCGACAAGGAAGUAAGGAAGCUGCUGGAAUCAAUCAACGUCCGUGUUCCGACCAAGAAUCGAGACGAGAUCAUUCAAAUUCACAAAGAGUACGUGCUGCUGUCGAACGCACAAGCUGACUCAGUCAACCCAAAGAACACAGCUCAGCUACGAGACGAAGUGGUAAAGAAUCACUAUGCAAGGAUGCAGCAAAAAGCCAAGACAGACGCGUUCAAGCGCAGCCACAGUAACGUCGAAAACGCAGGAAGUGGAAAUGCUGCGUCCCCAUCGCCAGGAGUGUCUGUACAGAUGCGUGCCAACUUUGAGAAACUCCGACAGGAUAUUGCAGACCGGAAAGCAGGAAAGAAGCCGCCGACUCCAGCAACGGAUACCUCGUCCACAAGCACUCCAGCAAGGUCGCAGAAGAAGGCAACCGAGGGAGACGCAUCCUCUGUGGGUGUAUGGCGACACUUUUGCGCAUUAGACACGAGCAUCAAGCAGGAGUUCUACGUCAACUCGCCGAGAAAGAUUCGGCCGUAG